AUGGCCUCCCACGCCUCUAUCCAAGAUCGCACUCCCGAAUUCCACAGCAUCCUCGCCCAAGCACAAAAGUCCCUCGCUCGCCAACGUAAAGCCGGCGCGCCGCAGUCCCAGCCCUUGCUACCGCAGCAGAACGGCACCGCGACACCACCAACUCGAAAACAGAGAAGCGAGUUUGCGCGCAAUGCAGCUGCCAUCGGACGAGGAAUCGCCGCUACUAUGGGCAAGCUGCAGAGACUCGCCGAGCUUGCCAAGAGAAAGACGCUUUUCGACGAUAGGCCCGUGGAAAUCGCAGAAUUGACCUAUGUGAUCAAGCAAGAUUUGGCAGGACUGAAUCAGCAAAUCGGCGCACUGCAACAACUCCAGCGACAGACAAACCAAGGCGCUAAAGGUCCAGAUCAGGAGGGUGAACACAACAAGAACGUGGUGGUGCUUCUGCAAGGAAGACUGGCGGAUGUGAGCAUAAACUUCAAAGAGGUGCUCGAAGUUAGGACCAAGAACAUCCAAGCCAGCAGAUCGCGACAGGACAACUUCGUAAGCAGCGUGAGCCAUCAAAGCCAGGCCGCUGCGCCGCAUUUAGAUCCUGGCAGGACAGAUUCGCCCUUGUACAGCACACCGCAACGGGGACCAAGCCCGAAACCUGGACAGAUGUCAUCGCAACAAGAUGUGCUCUCGCUCGAACCUUCAUCCGGCAGCUCAGGCGCGCUUUACCAGAAUGGAGGAGGUGCCGUGUCGCAACAGCAACUGCAGAUCAUGGAAGAGGGCGCUUCAUCGAAUUCAUACAUCCAACAGCGAGGCGAAGCGAUAGAAGCGAUCGAAAGGACUAUCAACGAACUGGGCGGCAUCUUCGGCCAACUGGCACAGAUGGUCUCCGAACAGUCAGAACAAAUCCAGCGAAUCGAUGCCAAUACCAACGACGUCGUGGACAACGUCGAAGGUGCACAAAGACAGCUUAUGAAGUACUGGUCUCGAGUGCAAGGCAAUCGAUGGUUGAUUGCAAAGUUGUUCGGCGUGUUGAUGAUUUUCUUCCUGCUGUGGGUGCUGAUCGCUGGAUGA